AUGUUUGCAGACCUCAGUUUUCAAAUAACUCCAGAGAAAAUAAUCGCAGCGGGAGGGCGAAAUCGGUAUGCUGAUAUCUAUCUACCUAUCUAUCUCACUAUGCUGAUAUCUACCUAUCUAUCUCAUAUCCUGAUAUCUAUCUAUCUAUCUAUCUAUCUCAGCAUACUGAUAUCUAUCUACCUAUCUCAGUAUGCUGAUAUCUAUCUACCUAUCUAUCUCAGUAUGCUGAUAUCUAUCUCAUAUCCUGAUAUCUAUCUAUCUAUCUAUCUAUCUAUCUAUCUAUCUCAGCAUACUUAUAUCUAUCUACCUAUCUAUCUCAGCAUGCUGAUAUCUAUCUAUCUCGGUAUACUGAUAUCUAUCUACCUAUCUAUCUCAUAUGCUGAUAUCUAUCUAUCUAUCUAUCUAUCUAUCUAUCUAUCUAUCUAUCUAUCUAUCUCAUCUGCUGGUAUCUAUCCCUCUAUCUAUAUAUCUAUAUAUCCUUGUAUACUUUUUAUCUAUCUAUCUAUCUAUCUAUCUAUCUAUCUAUCUAUCUAUCUGUCUGUCUGUCUGUCUUAUGCUGAUAUCUAUCUAUCUCAGUAUACUGAUAUCUAUCUAUCUAUCUAUCUCUCUAUCUAUCUAUCUAUCUUUCUAUCUCAUAUACUGAUAUCUAUCUAUCGAUCUAUGUUGAUAUCUUUCUAG